CAAGAAGGUGAGAACAAGAACCGGACGGAAAUGUCAGAAGAGGGAAAUGGGAUGGAAAGCAGAACAGUGAAAGAGGACAACUGUGUCCUGCCCGGAAAUUUUGCCGCGGUUGAAUAGAAUAGUCAAUAAUUCUCCUCCCACCUCUCUCUCUCUCUCUCUCUCUCUCUGUCUGGACUCUGGAUAUCUCCUCCUCCUUCCUAUAAUAAAAGCCCAGAAAAUCUGCUCCACCAUUGAAGACACACACAGUCUCCCUAUCUGUUCUUCUCCUUCCAAGAACGCCAAGAAGCUGUCACAAGCUGAACCCAGCACGAGAUUCUUUCUGAUACAGUAGCAGCAGAGAAUUGAUAAAAAAAAAUGAGGUGGGAAAUGAAAUGAAACCCCCAGCAGCGGUGGAGCUAGCAUGGCAAGGCCCGUGAGCGUGAGCGUGAGGAAGGGGGGAUUCAAAUCAUCGUCGAGAUUGCUGUGGGUUUUCAGUGGAGGGAGCGGUGGGGGGAGAGGUGUGGUGGGUCCCCACCACCACCCCUGAUAUCAGAGGAGAGAGAAAGUGGUGUCUAGAGAGAGAGAGAGAGAGGGCGGGGGGAGGGAGAGCAGAGAAGACUUCUACAUCAAGACAGUGAAGGUGGGAAGAGUAAAAAAGACAGCUUGCAAUGAAGGCGGAUGGCUCACCUACCAUUAACCCCAUUCCACUCUCCCCUCUCUCUCUCUCUCUCUUCCUUCCUUCCUUCCUUUUUAGGCCUCUGUUUCUCCCUUCUCCCAUCUUUCAAACUUCAAACAGCCUCUCCUUCCCCUGCAUCUCUACUCUCUCUCUCUCUCUCUCUCGCUCUAAGGAAAGUCUCAGCCGGCCGACAAUGAUUGGACAAAAACUGAUGGACGAGGCGGCAGACUGCGGCAGCUUCUUCGACCACAUCGACGACCUCCUCGACUUCCCCGUCGAGGACGUCGAGGCCGGCCUCCCUCUGGCGAACCAUGACUCGUUCCCCAGCAUCUGGUCGGCUCAGACCGAGUCACUUCCCUGCUCUGACUCGGUCUUCACCAACAACAGCAGCAGCGCGGACCUUUCCGCCGAGCUCUCCGUUCCGUAUGAAGACAUUGUCCAGCUAGAAUGGCUCUCGACCUUCGUGGAGGACUCCUUCUCCGGCGAGAGCCUCACGAUAAACAAGCUCGAGUCCUCGACGACUGAGAGCAAGGAACCGACGUCCCAUCAUCAGUUCCAUACCUCGAGUCCGGUUUCCGUUCUUGAUAGCAGCAGCUCAUGCUCCGGCUCUGGCGGGAAACCGUCUCCGUGGAGCCCCGAAUCAGCUACCCCUAAAGGCAGCAGAUGCGGGCGGGCACGGAGCAAGCGGCCUCGUCCUGCCACUUUCAGUCCCCGCCCAGCCAUCCAAAUCCUCCUACCAGGCGGAGCCCUAGACUCUAGUGCUGCGUCUCCCAAGGCCUCGUUUGAAUCCGAGAAUGCCGCAGAAUCCCAACCCGUGAAAAUCAAAAUCCCAAAGCCAGCUAAGAACCCGGAGCACAAGAAGAAGAAGAAGAUCAAGCCUGCUGCUGCCCCACUUGGACCAACAAACGGGAAUCAGAACCCGCCAUCGACCCAGCCCGUGAGGAAAUGCCUGCACUGUGAAAUCACCAAGACGCCCCAGUGGCGGGCUGGCCCGAUGGGCCCAAAGACCCUCUGCAAUGCUUGCGGGGUACGAUACAAGUCAGGUCGGCUCUUCCCGGAGUACAGGCCUGCAGCGAGCCCUACUUUCGUCCCAUCCGUUCACUCCAAUUCCCACAAGAAGGUGCUCGAGAUGAGAAGCAAGGGCGAGGGCGAGCCAGGAGUCACUUUGAUCCCGAACACCAAUGUAGCCAUAGAUUAUAGUGUCUAAGGAAGAUGUUUGUCGCCUUCGUUAGUCGAUUACAUACGUACUGUUUGAGAUAGUACUCAAAUCAUUUCUUUUGUUCAAUUGUAUUUUGUACAGAGUCGGAUCUGAGACAUGUGAGAAAGUAGUACUAGGGAGGGCAGCUGAGGGAAUUGAUUCAAAGGGUUAGAAGGACUUUGAGAGGUUAGAGUUUAAUUUUAGGUAAGAUUAGGGAUUAGUAGGCCAUUAAUUAGAGUUGGUUGUGUUAGUGUUAUGCCGUUUGUAUUCAAUAAUUUUUUUUUUCCGGUUUUGUUUAUUUUCUGAAAAAUAUUUCCAUGUAAUAUGGGAAUUCUUUUUGCAGUCAGUUUGUAGUUGGAGAACUCGAGUCGGGUAAUGAAAAUCUGUAUUUAUGUCCUAAAA